GGCGGGGCAGCGGCGACCGCGGUCUUCAGGCAGGGCUGCAGAUGGAGGCCCAGCUCUACCUCGCGGUUCCAGGGUCGGGAGUCCGAGACGCAGGUGUAGCAGAGGGCGGGGCACGUAGCGCAUUCCCAGCGCAUUUUCUCUUUGCAUUCUCGAGACCGCUUAGCCGCGCUUUAGAAAGGUUUGCAUCAGCUCCGAGUCCAUCUGACAAGCGAGGAAACUGAGGCUGAGAAGUGGGAGGCGUUGCCAUCUGCAGGCCCAGGCAACCUGCCACGGGAAGACCGGGGGCCAAGACCUCCGGGUUGGCUUUCCCAGGCCAGCUUGGGUCUUCGGGUGUCGGGAGCAAGGGCCCUGCUCCUUUCGUUUCCUGCACCCCUCGCCGCUGCAGGUGGCUCCCUGGAGGAGGAGCUCCCACGCGGAGGAGGAGCCAGGGCAGCUGGGAGCGAGGACACCAUCCUCCUGGAUAACAGGCAGAGGCCGGGAGGAACCCGUCAGUCGGGCGGGCAGGAAGCUCUGGGAUCAGCCUCAUGGAAGAGAAGCAGAUCCUGUGCGUGGGGCUAGUGGUGCUGGACGUCAUCAGCCUGGUGGACAAGUACCCUAAGGAGGACUCAGAGAUAAGGUGCUUGUCCCAGAGAUGGCAACGCGGAGGCAACGCGUCCAACUCCUGCACCGUUCUCUCCCUGCUCGGAGCCCCCUGUGCCUUCAUGGGUUCAAUGGCCCCUGGCCAUGUUGCUGACUUCCUGGUGGCCGACUUCAGGCGGCGGGGUGUGGACGUGUCUCAGGUGGCCUGGCAGAGCAAGGGGGACACCCCCAGCUCCUGCUGCAUCAUCAACAACUCCAAUGGCAACCGUACCAUUGUGCUCCAUGACACGACCCUGCCAGAUGUGUCUGCUACGGACUUUGAGAAGGUUGAUCUGACCCAGUUCAAGUGGAUCCACAUUGAGGGCCGGAAUGCAUCGGAGCAGGUGAAGAUGCUGCAGCGGAUAGACACGCACAACACCAGGCAGCCUCCAGAGCAGAAGAUCCGGGUGUCCGUGGAGGUGGAGAAGCCACGAGAGGAGCUCUUUCAGCUGUUUGGCUACGGAGAUGUGGUGUUUGUCAGCAAAGAUGUGGCCAAGCACUUGGGGUUCCAGUCAGCAGAGGAAGCCCUGAGAGGCUUGUAUGGUCGUGUGAGGAAAGGGGCUGUGCUUGUCUGUGCCUGGGCUGAGAAGGGCGCCGACGCCCUGGGCCCUGAUGGCAAACUGAUCCACUCGGAUGCUUUCCCGCCAUCCCGUGUGGUGGAUACCCUGGGGGCUGGAGACACCUUCAAUGCCUCCGUCAUCUUCAGCCUCUCCCAGGGGAGGAGCGUGCAGGAAGCACUGAGAUUCGGAUGCCAGGUAGCCGGCAAGAAGUGUGGCCUGCAGGGCUUUGAUGGCAUCGUGUGAGAGCCGGUGCGGUAGGAGGUGCUGGCUCCCCGCACACCAUGGAGGCGCCUUUGCGGCUGCAUCGCCUUCUCCCCUCCAUCCAGCCUGGCAUCCAGGUUGCCCUGCUCAGGGGACAGAUGCAGGCUAUGGGGAGGACUCUGCCUGUGUCCUGUGUUCCCCAUACGUCUCUCCCUGCAGAGCCUCACACCGAAUAAACCUUCCUCGGAGCCAGCUUCUCCUGGCAGCUUCUGUCCUCGAUGUCUGAACUGCUCUGGCUGGGCAUUCCUGAGGCUCUGACUCUUCAGUCCUCCCUCCUUGUGUCCAUUCCCCAAAUUAACCUCUCCACCCAGGCCCAGAGGAGGAGCUGCCUGGGCUAUAGCAGCAAGAAGUGCCCCAGGCUUGCCGCCAGCUCUGCCCUGGCUGGGGAGGACACUCAGUGCCCCAUACCCAGCGAACCUGCCAAAGAACCAGAAUCCAUGAGAGCUCUUCGGGGCCCUGCGUUGUGCAGACUCUAUUCCCAUAGCUCAGAAGCUGGGAGUCCACACGGCUGAGCCAAAUUGACAGGCCAGUGGGGGGCAAGGGGGUGGGGCGCCUCCUCUGCCCUGCCCACCAGCCUGUGAUUUGGUGGCGUCUUUGUUGUCCAAAAAUAUCUCCUCCUGCUGACUGCCCCAGAGCCUGAAAGUCUCACCUGUGGAGCCCACCUUGGAAUUAAGGGGAUGCCUCAGCCACAACUGUGACCCAAGAUACAGAGUGUUGUCCUCAGGGAGGUCGGAUCUGGAACACAUAUUGGAAUUGGGGCCAACUCCAAUAUAGGGUGGAUAAGGCCUUAUAAUGUAAAGAGCAUAUAAUGUAAAGGGCUUUAGAGUCAGACAGACCUGGAUUCAAAUCUGCCAUUUAAUUAGCUGCAUGUCACCUUAGGGUACAGCGCUUAACACAAUCUGCCUCAAUUUCUUCAUCUGUCAAAUGGAGCCAGUUCUGCCUGGCUACAGAAUUACUGCGAGGAUAAAAUCACGUAAUAUAUAAAAUGCCCAGCAUGAUGCCUGAUGUGUACGAGGCUCU